AUGCGUAUGGGUAGAAAUAAAAUUUCUGGUCGAAUCCCACCUGAGCUUGGGCAGUUGAGACAACUGAAGUAUCUGAGCCUUGAUUCCAAUGAAUUCAGCGGAGAGUUGCCAGAUGAAAUGAGAGACCUAUUCUGGUUAUCCGCAUUCAAUCUGAGCAGAAAUCACUUGACAGGAGAUAUUCCAUGGACUCUAGGCAAAUUAACUAAGUUUCAGUUGCUUGAUUUGUCCAAUAACCACUUGAAAGAAGUGAUGCCAUGGAGUCUAGUAAAACUGACUCAACUUCAGCAACUCGAUUUGUUCGCUAACAACUUGACAGGAGAGAUCCCAUGGAGUUUACGUAUGUUGUACUUCAAGCUUCUUACUUUGUCUAAUAAAACUGACUCAACUUCAGCAACUCAUCUGUUCGUCACCAUAGGCUUAACAGGUUUGGUCUACUUGGAUCUCAGCAGCAAUUUACUAUCAGGUGCAAUACCAUUAGAAUUGCACAUGCUCACAAGAAUAGAGAUUUUCAAUGCCUCACGCAAUCAUCUCUCAGGUGAAAUCCCAUCAACAUUAGCUUACAUGUUUACUCUAAGUAGCUAUGACUUUUCGUACAACAACUUGACAGGGCCAUUCCCAACUUGUGGAAUUUUCAGAAAGGCGCCAAAAAGUGCUUUUGUUGGUAACUAUGGCUUGUGGAGUCAUGCAGAAUUAUGCAACCAGUCAGCAAUUGUUCCUUUUAAUUUAUUUUAUUUUAUUAUGAAAAUGGUCAUUGAAAGGUUUGACCAGCAGAUUUUCAAGGGUUAUGAUUUCGAUCCCCGACUCUCAGAUUUUGGAACAGCAAGACUGUUGAGGAUGGAUUCAUCCAACUGGACCAACAUUUUUGGUUCGCUAGGCUACAUGGCACUAGAGCUCGCAUAUACUAUGCAGGUCACAUAUAAGUGUGAUGUUUAUAGUUUUGGAGUGGUAGCACUAGAAGUCAUGUUGGGAAGGCACCCCAGGGACAAGCUAGAGUCCCAACCCAACUAUCGAAAUCAUCAACGUCAAUGA